AUGCAGUGGCCGCCGAUUCUUCUCCUGACAUGGCUCUCUACCCUCCCCGCAGAAGCCAGCUCCUCUGAGCUCAGUGUCCGAAACCUGCCAGGGCACACUUCAGAAGAGACGAUUCUAGAGAUCCGCCGCCGUCUCGACCUCGUCGCGAGAAAUUCCAAAUCCAACGUCUUGUUCGACAACUCGACGUCCCUGGACAGCGCGUUGAUCGACAAGACGCUCUUCGAGCACCAAAACGACAGCAAAACAGGGGCGGCCGCACUCUCCGCGGGCGUGCAAAUAUCCUGCGCCAAGUGCUAUCUCAAAGGCACCGCCAGGGCCAAGCUCACCGUCAACGGGACCUUCAACAGCACGCGGGUAUACAACGAGGCCAAGACCGAAGCAAAGGCCGCGUUUCGCCAAAUCACCCAAUAUGUGCACAACGUCACCGACGCGCUGGUGGGCGACAUCACCGACAUUCCCUACAAACUGGACCACUUGCCGCCUCCGCAGAUCAACCUCAACGUGGACCUCGAGUUCCCCGGGUACGAGCUAGAAGUCGAGUUUGACCACGCAGAGCUAUACGUGGCACUUGGCACCGUCAUCUCGUCGGGCCUCACGUACACCCUGCCGCUCUACUCGUCCAAGGAGCUGGGCAUCGAGCUAGGGCCCGGGUUUCUCCUCGGGGCCGUCUUCUCCUUGGACCUGGUUCUCAGCGCGGAAAGCGACGUCAAGAUCAACAGCGGCUUCCACAUCAAGCUCGACAAAAAGGCACUCAUGAAAAUCGCCCUCUUUGCCAAGGAAUCCUCCAAUCUCCAAAUCCACGGAGGCAAGUUUGAGUUUCUGCCCGUCACGGUCGAGGGCGGCAGCACGGUCCUGAGGGCGCUUCUCCGUCUGCAGCUGCGCGCGGGCUUCUCGCUGCCGCUCAUGGACAGCACCGUCGAGCAGCUCCGCGCCGCGGCCGGCCUCGAGGCCCGGGUGUACGCCAACGUCGCCGACCUGGUGACCAACGUGACGGCCGGCAGCAGGGAGUCGUGCGCGCUCGAGGUGGUCCAAGGCUACAAGCUUGCCGUGGGCGCGGCGGCGGGCGCGAGCGUCGCGCUGCUUGGCAACACGUACGGGCCGACACCGGCGACAGAGAUCCCCGUGUACUACACCACUCUGGCCGCCGCGUGCGUCACCAGUGUGGAACUCGAGACGGCGUCGGCGAGUGCCGUGCCGGGGCUCGCACGGCGCAGCGACCCGCGGUACUACACCACCACGACGGUGACGGGGGUCACGUACCAGGCCGGCGCCUGCAUGUCCAGGAGCAUCGUCAACUGCCCGGCCUCGCUGCAGACGGUGUCCCGCAACGUGGUGACCAAGACGCUCACUGCCACGGUCCCCUCGGGCUCCAAGGCCGACUGGUCGGCCCCUGCGGUGACGGCGUUUGCGGCCGAGGCCUUUGGGGACGGCUCCCUGCCGCUCAAGGGCGUGUCUGGCAGGCCCUCGUCCUACGUGCCGACGACGUCGUCAACGGCCUCAUCGGCCGCGUCGUCAACCGCUCCACUUGCCUUGUCGGAUGACGAGCAGGGAGGGUGGACGGGAGAUGCAGGCAAGGUUAUUGGGGUAUCUGUCGGCGUUGGCGCGUCCGUCUUGGUCGCCCUUGUCGGGGUAUCCAUGUGA